UACCUCCAUUGCCAUUUCUCCAUUUCCAGCUAAAGUAAGAAAUCGAUUGUGUAGGCAUAGUGGGGAGCUAGUAGAAUGAGAAAGCCUUGUUGUGAUAAGCAGGACACAAACAAAGGGGCUUGGUCCAAGCAAGAAGACCAGAAGCUCAUCGAUUAUGUUCGCAAACACGGCGAGGGUUGCUGGCGGACUCUCCCUCAAGCUGCAGGUCUGCUUCGCUGUGGCAAAAGUUGCCGGCUACGAUGGAUAAACUAUCUAAGGCCAGAUCUUAAAAGAGGAAACUUUGGGGAGGACGAAGAGGAUCUUAUCAUCAAGCUUCAUGCACUCCUAGGCAAUCGGUGGUCGUUGAUAGCGGGAAGAUUGCCAGGACGCACAGACAAUGAAGUAAAGAACUACUGGAACUCGCAUUUGAGGAGAAAGCUUAUGAACAUGGGGGUUGAUCCCAAUAACCAUCGCUUGACCCUUCAAACUUCUCGCUUUCAUAAUCAAGAACAUAAUAACAACAACCUCCCAAUCCAUAAAGCAGCAUUAGGAUCCGGUGGUACGCCUGCCAAUCAGCCGGUGAAAAUCUGUAAUGAUCAGCAGCAAGUAUCAGAUGAAUCAUGUGGGUGUGAGCAGUUACCUGAUCUAAAUCUUGACCUCACAAUCACCACUCCAAGCAGUACUAGCACUUACUCAAUACACAAUAAUAAUAUUAUUGACCCUUCUUCAAUACACAAUAAUAAAACAAAUAAUAAGCACACUCAGUUUGGUUUUUCUAGGGAUCAGGCGGAAUCGAUAGCCCCUUCUUCAACCCUUCUUCUCUUUCACUAAUUAAUCUUUAGAAUAUUGUCUUCUUCCUUGUGGAGAUUGUACUAUAAUGUAGUAAUUGAUGAGUAAUCGAUGCAUUAAAGUUAUAUAAAGGUGUUCCAUUUGCACUUGAGGAUGCAAAUUUUUUUG